CAUUCAUGUUAUACUAAAGAGUAAAAUAAAUGAUUAUACUCUAUAGGAACCUGAAGAAAUACUUGAACCAUCUAAACCUAAAGUAGAAAAUAGACUUCUCAAAUAUGCCAAAAAAUAUGAAGAGAAAAGGGUAAAACUCAAAGAAACUAUAUAUAAUGAAAUGAUGUAGGAUCGUCCCUUGAUAUAAACAAUUAAUUCUCAAAAAAGAAUUAAUCAAAGUGUUGUUGAUAGGCUUUAUGAAUCUCCACAUUGUGGAAAUAACUGUGGUUAAAUUGAAAAACUUGUCAAAAAAUCAUCUGUUAGAUAUCCUUUAUAAGAGAUAGUUCGACCAAUUAGUUCUUAAAAUCCUUAUAUUAAUGUUCCAUCUUAAUAAUCACCUCUUAAACAAUCCUAAACACUAUUAUCUCAACAAAGCAAGUUCUUAGAAAAUACAUUCUCUCAUUCAUAGAAAAUCAAACCAAUUCGUUAAUCUUCAGCUUUCAAAUUUAACAACAACUCCAUUCAUAAAUAAAAUAGCUAAAAUAGCAUCAUUCAACUAAGCAUGGAUAUCUUUUAAAGAAAAAAAAGAUCAUUAAACAUUUGUUGA